CUGAAACUGGAGUAUUGUUAGAUAUGGAAGCUGGGCCUGCGAGGGGUAAUGGUGAUGCCGAUUUAAGGGAGCAUCCUCCUUCCGCUCCAGGCGGAGAUGAUCAUGCAUUUCAAAUCAAGCGGCUACAUUCGUCGUCGUCGUCGUCGUCAUCCGGGUCGUCAUUGUCGUCUGGAGAGUCCUUUGAAUUAGAGGUGAAGGAGACUAGCACUUCCGAUGCAGGCGUGUGUGGCCACCUCAUCCACAACGACAAAGACCGUAAAUUGGUUCCAAGACGAACAGAAGAAGACAUUCCGGUCAGCUCGAUGCCCAAGACCGAAUCGUCCGAGGAUGGUUCGUCGCGGCACUCGAGGUCCGACAACUGGUCGGCGAAGCAACUCCCUCCGGUUCAGGUGAUGGAACGAACGGGCGACGUCGCGGGGAGCCCUUCUCCGUACAGGAUCCCUUCUUCCGUGUUCGCCAGAACCAAAUCGACUGCCCCGAUGGAAUGGAGCGUCACUUCCAACGAAUCAUUGUUCAGCAUCCAGAUGGGAAAUUCGAGUUUUACUAGAGACCAGGUAUGUUGGAUUGGCAAAUCUCAAGAGCUCGGCACGUCCAGCGCACCACCUAUUCCUCCUCCGGUGACGGUGGAUCGUGCCAACCCAACUCCAGCCAAUAAAUCGCCGGAAAUUGACUCAAGAAUCACGAAUAUAGGCGAGCAUCAAUGCGCACCCGCCCCGGCUGCUCAACCACCGAAGGAUUCAAAGCGAAGCGCGGGUCAUAGUAAAGAAAUUUUCCCUUGGUCAGAGAUAGCUUCCUUCCAUUCCACCAGUCCGUCGCACAAUUCUGAUGCGAGCGGAAACAGCGUUAAAUCCUUCGCCUUUCCAAUAUUGUCCAAAGAUGUGGCCAUGAGCGGCUCGCUGGGGGUCGGUCCGAACGGCAUGAAGCCAGUGAUGUCCUUCUCGCAAGCGCAGUCGGAACCGCAGUCUCCGAAGCCCCCGCAGCCCCCUAAAUCAGCAGCAGUAGCAGCAGCAUCAGGCACGGGUCAGGCCAGAUGGUUCGCUUGCUUUCCUUGUUGCUCGACCUGUUCCUCGAGCUGACGAUUCGGGGCCAGUCUUCUCAGGCGCCUUCGUUCGGCGUUAGGUUGCAGGAAUACACAGUCCGUGGCCUGCGGAGUUUUGUUCUGUCCUUUCAUUUUUGGAUCAUUCAGAUUCACCGGUGACUGAUCUUGCGCCGUCGGUCCAUCGGUGGAAAUGGAUGAUGAUAGGGUCCUUGUUUCAGAUGUUCAUAGACGAUCUUGUAGUUUGGUUGAAGGGAUUUUUCUUUCGCCGGUACUCGCAGCAGCAAAAAGUGCUGCUUGAU